UCUACGAGUAAAAGUACAAAUACGCAAAAAUUUUCUUAUCCGGGAAAAUUCACCAAAAAAGCGCAACAGGUGGACACAUUUACGCAAUAAAACGGAAUAAACCAGCGGAUAAAUCGAUUCGGCAUUGAUUCCCAGUCGAAGAACGAGGCAAAGUGAUGCAGAACGCAGCUGAUUGGGAAACAGCUGCCAGCGCAGAAGACCGGCUGCAAAUCUUAUAACCCGGUGGAAAAAGAGGAAAAGAGGGGAGAACCACCGAUCCAGUAUUCCAAAGCAACCCAAUGUAGCCGGGAUUUGACUCAAGACCCCUUCAACUGAGAUUCUACGAACAAAUGGCGGACGAAAUGGCCACCAAGGAAUCCUUCCGGGAGCGGCAAACCCAAGAACUGGAGGUCAUAAAAUCCAUCUUUGGCGGCGAUGUGGAGGACCUGCGGCCCCAGGCAAAUCCCUCGCUGUGGAAGCCCACGGACAUCCGGAUCCAGCUGACCCCGCUGCGGGACUCCUCCAACGGACUGGAGGCCUAUGUGUGCACCAAGCUGCACGUCACCUGUCCCUCCAAGUACCCGAAAUUACCCCCCAAAAUCUCUCUCGAGGAGUCCAAGGGCAUGUCGGAUCAGCUGCUGGAGGAGCUGCGCAACCAGCUGCAGGCCCAAUCCCAGGAGCUGCGCGGCGAGGUUAUGAUUUACGAACUGGCCCAGACCGUUCAGGCCUUCCUGCUCGAGCACAACAAGCCACCGAAGGGCUCCUUCUAUGACCAAAUGCUCCAGGACAAGCAGAAGCGCGAUCAGGAGCUGCAGGACAUGCAGCGGCAGCGGGAGUCGCUGCAACGCCAGACGCUCAUCGACGAGGUGGAGCGGCGCAAGGAGAUGUUCAAGACGGAGGCCAAGCGGCGCGGCGAGCCCAGGCGCAGCAUGAGCGAGUCCAAUCCCCGGCAUCCCAGCUCCUCAGAGAGUUCCGAGAACUCCUCGCCGUAUUACAGGGGGCAUAUUUACCCCUCCAAGUGCCUGGAUCACCGCAACACGGAGACGCUCUACUUCCACAAGAUGGGCAGGCAAAUACAGAGGGGCUGCUGCGUGGGUCACUCGCAAAGGGGAUGCAUCGCCUACACGGGGAUAGACAUGCACUGCGGCCAGCUGCUGUACAUCAGCGAGUGGAACAUCAAGUACGGCCAGCUGGAGCAGCCCUGCGUUGGCGGGGGCAAGUGCCACUGGAGCAGCGAACCAAAGUGCUUAGGAAGCCAUCGUGUGGACGACGUAAUCGCCGCCAUUGAGAAGCAGGUGGCCUCUCUUUCCCAACUGCAGCACAAGAACCUCGUUUCCUACGAGUGCGUGCUGUGCAUCAAGCGCAAGGAAGGCCUGUUGGUCUACCUGGUCCAGGACUUCCUCCUAGGCACCAGUGUGUUUAGUAUCUCCUCCUCCUUAGGCUGGUGCAUGGACGGCGCCCGAAUGGUGGCCCGCGGCGUCCUGGAUGCCUUGGUUUUCCUGCACAACAAGGGUGUUUCGCACAGCCACCUGCUGGACAGCACCGUUUUCAUGGACAACACGGGCAAUGUGCGCGUCUCGGACUUUUCGCUGGUGCCUAAUCUUCUGGAGCUGCUGAGUGGAACCGGGCAGAGCAGCAGUCGCGGGGAUCUGCCCGCUUUGGGCGCCUUAGUAGAGAGCCUGAUGCCCACGAACAGUUAUGAGAUGCGCGAUUUUGUAGACAAAUGCAAUUCAGACCGCACGCUCUCCGCCUCCGAGCUGCUGGAACAUCCCUUCCUGCGCUUCUACGUGGACAACGGCCAGCAGCAGCAGGUGAUGCCAGUGACACAGCAGCGCCAUCCCAAUCCUGUCCAGCGCACGGGACCCGCCAUGCCCUACCAGAUACCCACACUGGCCCUCAGUCAAUCCCGCCUGCGCACCGAGUUCGAGGUGCUCAUGUAUUUGGGAAAGGGCGCCUUCGGGGACGUGCUAAAGGUGCGUAACAUCCUGGACAACCGGGAGUAUGCCAUCAAGCGGAUUCCACUGCCCGCGAGGAGUCGCCAGCUCUACAAGAAGAUGACGCGCGAGGUGGAGCUGCUAUCGCGGCUGAAUCACGAGAAUGUGGUGCGCUACUUCAACAGUUGGAUAGAGAGUGUGGACGACGCCGAUGCGGAGGAGAUGGACAAGUUGCUGGGUGGCGAGUGGUCGCAGAGUCAGCAGGAGCUGAGCGUGAAGCCCGCCAAGUCGCCGCAACUGGGAGCCACUUUGGAGGAGGACGAGGAGGACAGCUCGUCCAGCAUGUGGAAUGGUUAUAUACCCACCAUGGAGGAUUCCGAUUCAGAUGGCAUCGAGUUCGUAGACUCCAAUGGCAAAGUGGCUGUCUACGAUGACGAAGAGGAGGAGGACGACUCCACCAGGGGCAAGACCAACUCCCCAAAGCCUCUGAUGCAGGUCAUGUACAUCCAGAUGGAGUUUUGCGAGAAGUGCACACUGCGCACCGCCAUCGAUGAUAAUCUCUUUGAUGAUUCAGAUCGCCUGUGGCGUUUGUUUAGGGAAAUCGCCGAGGGUCUGGCGCACAUCCAUCAGCAGGGCAUCAUCCAUCGCGACUUGAAGCCAGUGAACAUCUUCUUGGACUCGCACGAUCAGAUCAAGAUCGGCGACUUUGGCCUGGCCACCACCAGUUUUCUGGCCCUGCAGGCCCACGAAUAUGCGGCCCCGGCGCCUGUUAAUCAAAUAACCAGCACAGAGGAUGGAACUGGCACGGGAAAGGUGGGAACCACGCUCUACGUGGCCCCUGAAUUGACAGGGAAUGCCUCGAAGUCCGUUUACAAUCAAAAGGUGGACAUGUAUACGCUAGGGAUUAUUCUCUUCGAAAUGUGUCAACCGCCUUUCGACACGAGCAUGGAACGGGCUCAGACCAUCAUGUCGCUGAGGAAUGUGUCCAUCAACAUACCAGAGGCGAUGCUCAAGGAUUCAAAGUACGAGAAAACUGUAAAGAUGCUUCAGUGGCUGCUCAACCACGAUCCCGCCCAGCGGCCAACGGCCGAGGAGCUGCUCAUCUCGGACCUGGUACCACCUGCCCAGCUGGAGGCCAACGAGCUGCAGGAGAUGCUGCGCCACGCCCUCGCCAAUCCGCAGAGCAAGGCCUACAAGCAUCUGGUGGCCCGCUGUCUGCAGCAGGAGAGCGACGAGGUCCUGGAGCACACCUACCAUUUAGGCAGCAGUCGGGCCAUGAAGUCCUGGAACUCGGCCAUCAUAAUCGACGACAUAGUCUCGCUGAAUCCCGUGAUUGAGUUCGUCAAGGCCAAGGUGGUGAAUCUCUUCCGCAAACACGGAGCCAUCGAGGUGGACUCACCGCUCCUGUCGCCACUCUCCGCGAGGAACAGCGCGGCCAAUGCCAGCGCCAAUGCCGUCCACCUGAUGACCCACUCGGGAUGCGUGGUCGUCCUGCCCUGCGAUCUGCGCACCCAGUUUGCCCGCCACGUGACCAUGAACAGCGUGAAUCUCAUCCGCCGCUACUGCGUGGAUCGCGUUUACCGCGAGGAGCGGGUGUUUAACUUCCAUCCCAAGCAGAGCUACGACUGCUCUUUUGAUAUCAUAGCACCUACAACUGGUAGCCAUCUGGUGGAUGCGGAACUCCUCUCCCUGGCGUUUGAGAUCACCAGCGAGCUGCCGCGUUUGAGGGAAAAGAAUCUGGCGAUCCGCAUGAACCACACGAAUCUGCUUAGGGCCAUUCUCAUCUUCUGCAACGUACCAAAAGCUCAAUAUGGAGCUCUGUUCGAGGGCACCAUGGACUUUAUCGAGUCGCGCAUCUCGCGCUUCCAGUUCCACUCGAGUAUCACAGGGAUUAUGGAGAAGUCGCGCACCUCGGCGCAAACGCUGAUGGACAUGCUGCUGGCCAACUUUCUGCUGACCGGUUCCAGGAGCACCGUGGACGAUUCGGCGCUGAAAUCCCUGAUGCGCGGCAAGGGCGAGGCGGCCUCGCUGGCCAGAGGAGCGCUGAGGGAGCUGGAAACGGUGGUGGGACUGGCCUACAGUCUGGGUGUAAAGUGCCCCAUUCACAUUUGGGCUGGUCUGCCCAUCAGUUUCGAUCGCGCCAGCAGCGGCGGAAUCGUGUGGCAGAUGACUGCCGACCUGAAACCCAAUCGCUCGGGUCAUCCCUCGGUUCUGGCCAUUGGCGAGCGAUACGAUUCCAUGCUGCACGAGUUCCAGAAGCAAGCGCAGAGCUUUAAUCCCGCCAUGACCGCUCGAGGAGUUCUCAGUGGCGCGGGAUUGACCUUCUCGCUGGACAAACUGGUGGCUGCCGUGGGCGUGGAGUACGCCAAGGACUGUCGCGCCAUCGAUGUGGGCAUCUGUGUGUGCGGCACCCGACCGCCGCUCAAGGAUGUGACCUACAUAAUGCGGCUGCUCUGGUCGGUGGGCAUCCGUUGCGGCAUCGUGGAAGCGGCCAGCGAACUGGGCGACGAGGCACAGGAUCUCGCCCGCCUGGGAGCUCUGCAUGUCAUCCUGGUGGCGGAGAAUGGCUCGCUGCGGGUGAGAUCCUUCGAGCGGGAGCGCUUCCAGGAGCGUCACCUGACCAGAAGCGAACUGGUGGAGUUUAUCCAGAAGUUGCUGCGCACGGAUGGGUUUAAUGGGUCUACGGUGGAGAACUCGAGCCAGUUGAGCAGCCUGGGCGCCGGCGACAACAGGAGCAGCGGCGGAAGGGAAAGGGAGAAUGGACUCAGCACCUCUGGAUCGAAUGCCACGAUAAAGAACAGCUACAGCCAGCUGCCGAAUCUCCAGGUCACGUUCCUCACCCACGACAAGCCCACGGCGAACUACAAGCGGCGCCUGGAGAACCAAGUGGCCACGCAGAUGAGCUCCACUCUGUCGCAGUUCCUCAAGAAGGAGACCUUCGUGGUGCUGGUGGUGGAGCUGCCGCCUGCGGUGGUAAACGCCAUUGUGGGCGCCAUCAAUCCCCGGGAGAUACGCAAAAAAGAGACUGAACCGGAAAUCAACUUUGUGAUCGAGAGAUUUCCGAAAUACAAACGCUAUAUAUCCGAGAUAAACGACGAGGUUGUGGACCAUCUGAGCGACGCCAAGACUCCAAUCGUGGCCUUGUACAGCAUUUCCGAUUCCUACUACCGGGUCAUCAUCUAGCCAACACCAAAUGCACAGAUCGGGCGUUGCUACUUAGUAGUCUUACGCCAUUAGUUUAAGCUUCGAAUGUCACAAAUUAUUCUGGCCAAAAAUUCUACUUCCUGCGUGCCAUUUAACCUUUUUCGAAUCAAAAUUCGUUCAUAUAAGAUCAGUUUAAUAUUGGAUUGAGUGGAAUUUAUGAGAUUCUGCCCCUUCAUGUAAUACUUUCUUUAAUGAGAGCUCUUAGUUAUAAGCAAAUAGAUUAUAUCUUACUUGGUUAGAAGUAAAAAAACGCCUAAGUCAAAGGAAUAGUUGAAAACUUGCAAAAAAAAAUUCCUAAUGUAGAAAUAUAUAUUUUAAAGUAGAGGCUUACUAUCCUGGUUUCCAAUCCAUAACAAAAGGACGUUAAAUCUUCAUCAAUAUUUUUUAUACACGUACAAGUUUUAAACACGAAAUUUUUUAGCCUACAAUAAAGUUGCAUGAUUUGAAAGUGUGUCUUCCGGCGGGGAAGAACAUAA